GACUAAGCAGGCGGGGUUUCCGGUAUAAAACCGCUAGCGAGCUUUACGCAUCCAUUCUCAGCCAAAACCCCGAGCUCAGUGGCGUUGUGUGAUCUGGAAAAGCAUCAAAAAUGAGGGAAAUCGUGCACCUCCAGGCUGGCCAGUGCGGAAACCAGAUCGGAGCCAAGUUUUGGGAGGUGAUCAGCGAUGAGCAUGGCAUCGACCCGACUGGCACCUACCACGGAGACAGUGACCUGCAGCUGGACAGGAUCAACGUCUACUACAAUGAAGCCACUGGUGGCAAAUAUGUUCCCCGUGCUGUGUUGGUGGAUCUGGAGCCUGGAACCAUGGACUCCGUGAGGUCCGGCCCCUUCGGCCAGGUCUUCAGGCCCGACAACUUUGUUUUUGGCCAGAGUGGUGCGGGCAACAACUGGGCCAAGGGUCACUACACAGAGGGCGCUGAGCUGGUGGACUCCGUCCUGGACGUGGUGAGGAAGGAGGCGGAGAGCUGCGACUGUCUGCAGGGCUUCCAGCUCACGCACUCGCUGGGAGGAGGCACCGGCUCCGGCAUGGGCACCCUGCUGAUCAGCAAGAUCCGGGAGGAGUACCCCGACCGCAUCAUGAACACCUUCAGCGUGGUGCCUUCCCCCAAAGUCUCGGACACGGUGGUGGAGCCCUACAACGCCACGCUGUCAGUGCACCAGCUGGUGGAGAACACGGACGAGACCUACUGCAUCGACAACGAGGCCCUGUACGACAUCUGCUUCCGCACCCUGAAGCUGACCACCCCCUCCUACGGCGACCUCAACCACCUGGUGUCUGCCACCAUGAGCGGCGUCACCACCUGCCUGCGCUUCCCCGGCCAGCUCAACGCCGACCUGAGGAAGCUGGCGGUCAACAUGGUGCCCUUCCCCCGGCUGCACUUCUUCAUGCCCGGCUUCGCUCCCCUCACCAGCCGCGGCAGCCAGCAGUACAGGUCCCUCACCGUGCCCGAGCUCACCCAGCAGAUGUUCGACGCCAAGAACAUGAUGGCCGCCUGCGACCCGCGCCACGGCCGCUACCUGACGGUGGCCGCCAUCUUCCGCGGCCGCAUGUCCAUGAAGGAGGUGGACGAGCAGAUGCUGAACGUGCAGAACAAGAACAGCAGCUACUUCGUGGAGUGGAUCCCCAACAACGUCAAGACGGCCGUGUGCGACAUUCCUCCCCGGGGCCUCAAGAUGGCCGCCACCUUCAUCGGCAACAGCACCGCCAUCCAGGAGCUGUUCAAGCGCAUCUCCGAGCAGUUCACCGCCAUGUUCCGGCGCAAGGCCUUCCUCCACUGGUACACGGGCGAGGGCAUGGAUGAGAUGGAGUUCACCGAGGCGGAGAGCAACAUGAACGACCUGGUGUCCGAGUACCAGCAGUACCAGGACGCCACCGCCGAGGAGGAGGAGUUUGAGGAGGAGGAUGCCGAGGAGCUGGCCUAAAUGUCUCACCGUUUCAAGUCUACACGUCCCUGUCCUAUACUUGUGUUAAUAAAAUUAAGCAACGUA